CAAGGCUGGAGCUGGCCUCAAGAUCCGUCACCGUUUCACCGCCGAGGCUGUGUUAAAAGCAUCCCGGGAUCCUUCGUUAUCCGUGUGGGAAUGAAGCCCCAUCGGUCUCGUAAAAACCUGGUGAUGUCCCAUCCCGUUUCCCAAGCCUUGGGAACCCUCGGUGCGUACCUGAUACACAGGCGAAGCCAAAAGCGUGAGGAUUGUUUCCGAUAAACUGACAUUGAACGGCGUUGCCUGCGAUACUGACAUUUGGCAUAUUAAAUCCUUGGUUUUACAGUUACAGCCCUUACAACAAAGGGGACAAAUAGUCUGGCAGACUAUUCCAUAAUUUUUUGAACUGUGCUGUAAAGUUUGGCACCUAGGCGAACUCUGUGAUUCUCUGAACUUAGUCCCAUGAUCUUAAGCAUGUUGGCACUUAGUCCCACCAGGAACAGUUGUUAGAAAUGACAUGUGAAACGGAGAUAAACAACUUACCAACAGAGUGUAGUGCUGUCCUUUACCAUUCCUUGACUGAUACAGAUAAUGUUCCUUCUGUUUGGUUGCUUACUGCAUUGUUGCAUUGGGACCCAUAUUACUGAAUUCCCUAAAUAGCAGCCGGCUGGAAAAUUCUGCAAACUUGUUGAAAAGUCAGCAAACUUGCUGGGGGUGCGUGGUCUCAGUCCCACUGCCCAUGUCACCAACAAAGAUGUUAAGCAGCACCGGUCCCAGUACUGACCCCUGAGGAACACCACUCGUCACUGGUGUCCACUUGGACAUUGAACUGUUGACUGCAACUCUUGAGUGCGACUGUCAGCCAAUUCCUUAUCCACUGAGUGGUCCAUUGGUCAAACCCAUGCCUCUCCAAUUUAGAGACAAGGAUACCGUGCAGGACAGUGUCAAAUGCCUUGCACAAGUCCAGGAAAUCCUGCACGAGAAUACACCUUAUUUUACUCAGACCUGCAGUGCUCUGAAAGGCUCUCACUGUAACUUCAUCAGGUUCUACUCGUCUUGUUGGAAGCAGCCAACCAUGUUUUCUUGUCCAGAUCUAGGAAGACUCUGGAAAUGACCAUGAUACACAGGUAUCCUUGAAUUCAUCAGUGUGGCAGUGGGACUGGUCAGCAUCAGGGGCGUGGACAGUGGCCUUUACCUUGGGAUGAAUGAGAAGGGAGAACUCUACGGCUCUGAGAAACUAACUUCUGAAUGCAUCUUCAGGGAACAGUUUGAGGAAAACUGGUACAACACUUACUCGUCCAAUGUGUACAAACACGGAGAUUCGGGGCGGCGAUACUUCGUAGCACUUAACAAAGACGGUACUCCCAGAGAUGGGGCAAGGUCCAAAAGACACCAGAAAUUCACUCAUUUCUUGCCCCGGCCUGUGGAUCCUGAAAGAGUCCCAGAACUGUACAAAGAUGUGUUGGGAUACAGCUGAGGAAGGAGGCAACUUUGGAAAAAAAACCCAAACCAUACUGGAGCUGUCGGCCCCGCUGCCAUGGCAAUCCCAGCACGAGGAACCUGCAGAGGUCUAGGAUGCUGGACUGGAAGAAGCUGCUUUGUGACAGACAAGCCUCUUGUUUUCUAACCUUUGGAUUUAGGAGACAAAGCCUUCAAGCUGAGCGUGGACCAGCCUCCUUCAAACUUGCUGAACUGUGUGGUUGCCCGGAACCAGAGGGAAGUUGGAGUGUGACUUUUGUUAUAAAUAACAAACUCUUGGCAAUUUUGUCUGGAUUACCUGUGGUCCGUAAAUUGACAAAGAACUACCUUCAUCGUGUGGAUGAGACGACAGCUGGAAGAAAUAGAAAGAAAUAGACUGUAAUAAACCAGUAAUGAAUCCUGAGAACUGUAUAUGAAGUUUUAGUGGCUCCACUUUAGUGAUGGACCUUAGAUGUCGAUGCAUCAUAGUCAGAGCUGGAACUUUUCUUCAGGAUGGACCUAUUUAUACAUCUCCAGAUAGCAUAUAUUUAUUUUAUAUAUUUAUUUAUUAAAGAGUUUAUUUUUUACUGGGAUAUGAAGAGAAUACAAACCCCUAACCCCAAUGAGAAAUAAUUUACAGUGCCAAUAUUUCCUCUGAGUAAUGUCAUGAUACAGAAGUGACAUUACAUUGCAAUGCAUCCAAAACCUGAACAUUCAUAUUGCAUUGUUUAUCAAUUACAGCUAAAGUUAUAUUUUAUGCACAUACUAUU